AUGAGUCCACUUAUACCUGUCGCAAUUUCGUGUCUUGCAAAUGGUGUGUGUGGUCCCGGUUUUGGCACUUGUCAUUCUCAGAUUCAGCAACCACAAUCAACAUGUCAACCAGCCUGUGGCCCGGGAUAUCACUGCGGUCCAUACGGUUGUACACAGUUGCGAGCACGAGCUCGUGGCGCAAACCUUUUCCAACCAGAUAUAGAGAGUGAGGAUUCAAAAAGUCCCGACCAGCUGUUCAUGGAGUGCUGUGAAAGAAGAGGACUCCCAAAAGCUUGCUUGCAAAAGUGCUCAAUUCAAGAUUACACCAAAGAUGCGUUGGUAAACAUGUAUUUUAAUCGCGAUCCUUGUCCAGUCUCGGCUGCUGCAGAAAUACAAUUCUGUGCUGCACAAGGACGCGAUCACCGUCAGUGCUGUGCUCGAAAUGGGGUCGGAACAACAUUGGCCGGUGAUAAGUGCUUGAUAUUCUGUGACCAACGUCCAGGCAACGUCACACAACUGGACUAUAGCUAUUUGAUUUGCUAUGAUCGUUUUGAGAGUAUCAAAAACUGUUUUUGGCAUGACAUGAUGGCGCAGAACUCACUGCUACGAUCUUCACGACAUUUUUAA